GUGCCGAAACGAUGCAUAUCAAGGAGCUAUCCUGUAAUACCGGUAUUGAAUUUGGAUCUGAAAAGGAGAAGGAAGAGGGAAAGAAUGAAGAAUUGAAGAACGAAGAGCCUCUUCCUAUUCCGGCGUCUUUCCCAGCAUUCCCAUAUGCAACGCCAUAUUCGAUCCAAACUCAGUUUAUGCAAGGACUUUUUGAAUGCGUGGAUCGGCGUAAGGUCGGCAUUUUUGAAUCACCUACAGGUACUGGCAAGAGUUUAAGUAUGAUUUGCGGAGCGGUUGGUUGGCUCAUAGAAUAUGAACGUGCCGAGCAAGAGAAAAUCAAGAAGGAGCAGGAGGAGCAAGGACAAGCAAAUGCAGUCCAAUUUACUGAAAAGAAUCAAGACCAAAGUUGCAGUACAUCUACAACCAAAGUGAAGCAAUCAUUUGAUGAUGAUACCCCAGAUUGGGUACAACAACACCGUACAAUUUCUCGUGCUGCCGUGGAACGAGAAGACCGUGAGACAAGACGUGCUGCACAGGAAGCUAGAGUACAAAAGAUCAGGGAUAGAGAGAAAAAGAUGCGGGAAAACAUGGCCAGGAAAAUGAAGCGACAAGCAGGCGGUAUGGAUUCAAUUGGAGACAUAGGAUAUAGAUCGGUCAAAAAGAAGAAGGAGCAGGGUCUUUAUGAGGAUGAUUUCGACGAUGCCGAAUUUUUGGUGGAUGAUUAUGAAAGCGACGAAGAUAAAAGAGAAAGAGGUGGAAGGAAGGGCAAUAAUGGUAAUUUCGGGAACAUCUCCAAGGAAGUUUUGGAGCUCUUGAAAAGUUUUGAGGAAAAGGAAGUAGCUCAUGGAGGAAAGAACAGUAGGCGUGCACUUGAUGAUGAAGAUGAAAUCCCUGACGUCCUCAAGAUAUAUUACUGCUCAAGAACUCAUUCACAGCUAUCUCAAUUCAUUGGUGAGCUGCGGAAGACGUCCUACGGAGAGCACCUUCAUGUUAUCACUUUGGGCUCACGCAAAACACUAUGCAUCAACGAUCGGUUCCGUCAAAAGGCCUCAUUUAAAAGCAGUAGAGCCUCAGAACCAAUCAUUAAUGUUAACAAGCUUAACGAUGUUUGCUUAGAUGCCCAAAAGGCUGGAACAACAUCUGAGCAUCGUUGUGAAUUUUUGCAGUUGCCCUCCUCGAACUUUGGAAACAAGGUUCGGCGCGGAGUGAGUGAUGGAAACAACAGUGACGGUGGCGACGGUGACAGCAGCCAUGUAUGGCGGAAGAGCAACAUAUCCAUGGACAGUGAUGAAAAGCUUCUUCAAUUCUCGGAUCAUACAUUGGCACGGAUACGAGAUAUCGAAGAGUUAGCAGAACUUGGGUCUGAACUCGAGACUUGUCCUUAUUACGGAUCACGCCAGACUGUACGCCAAUGUCAGCUUGUAACUUUGCCUUACAAUUUAUUGCUGCAUGCAUCAACACGCGAAUCGCUGAAAUUAGUGAUCAAGGAUAAUGUUUUAUUGUUGGAUGAGGCACAUAAUCUGAUCAACAGCUUGUUGCAAAUGCACUCUGUCACGCUCUCGUUGCAGCAGAUUAUCUUGGCUCAGCAACAGCUACAUGUCUACUUAACGAGAUAUGAAAAGAGACUGUCUAGUACUAAUGAAGGAUACAUUCGCAUAUUACUCAGGAUCUUGAAAUGCCUCGAUGGAUUUCUAGAAAAGUGGAAGUCUGGGACUUCCACAGCAAAGCAACCUCAGGAAGCACAGUCAAUCGGGAGGACUUUCCGCCCUACUGACAAGGUAAUGAAGGUGAACGAGUUCUUACAUGAGGCAGGAAUGGACCACAUCAAUCUCUUUAAAGCACAUGCGUACCUCGAGACCAGCGGCGUCGCUAGAAAACUCCAAGGGCUCCAUGAGUCUUUAUUGCGGAAAGAGGCCAAGCGGCAGUCGAACGACGGAGAACGGGCAACUGUUAAAAUCCAUUCUAAUUCAAGGGUCCCGUCAAAGUCAGGAGCGAACCAACCAAGCCGACCUGAUCUCUCUAUAUCAACCACUCCGAUUUUGCAUACAGUUGAUUCCUUUUUAAUGAGCCUACUUAAUGCUGAUAACGAUGGUCGAGUAAUUGUGUCUAUGGAAGAGGACAAUGGUGGUACGGAAGAUGAAAGCGAUGAUACAAUACAAGGUUCUUCCAUGGGGCGCUCGGAGCCAACUUUGGGGCGCAACUGGAGGCCAGUUUUGAAAUUUAUGCUGUUGAACCCUGCCAAUGUUUUCAAACCACUUGUGGAUGAGGCAAGAAGCGUCGUUUUGGCAGGAGGAACCAUGGAGCCUGUUUCCGAUCUACUAUCGCAUCUUUUUCCCUACCUGAAGGAUAAAACAAGAGGCACCAAUGGCGGAAAUGAUCCUCACAGUAUGGAAUCCUUAUACCCCAGAAUCUACCGGUUCUCGUGUGGGCACGUUAUCCCACAGCAAAAUUUGAUGACCCUCAUCGUAGAGAAAGCUCCAAAUGGUGGAUCCUUAGAGCUUAAUUUUGCGAACAGAACAUUAGAGCAGGUCAUAGAUGCGAUUGGUCAGUCGCUUGUCAACGUACUCAAUAUUAUUCCCGACGGUGUGGUGGUUUUUUUCGUAUCAUAUUCAUACAUGGCUCGAGUUUUGUCUCGAUGGCAGACAAAGGACAAUACGAUCUCUAGUACCACGGCCAAACCUAGCAUUAUGGAUAGGAUACAGUCUCGCAAAAGAGUUUUUGUUGAACCUAGAGAAGCAGGAGAGGCGGACCGGAUACUCAGGCAAUAUCAGGAAUGUAUUCGUGAAAAGCCUGAGCAUGGGCCUGUAAUAACCGGUGAUUCAGCAGGUCCUCAUGGAGCUGUUCUUUUCUCUGUGGUGGGAGGCAAAAUGAGCGAGGGCAUCAAUUUCUCGGACCGCCUUGGACGAGGCGUUAUCAUGAUCGGCAUGCCAUUCCCUAAUAAAAGCUCUGCUGAACUUCAGGAACGGAUGCGAUAUAUGGACCAAGUUGAACAGCUCGAGCUUCAACAGAACUUGAAAGGCUCUUCCUCUUUACAAUCACUAUCACCAUCGCGUAUGACAGCCGGGAAUGAAUACUAUGAAAAUCUAUGCAUGCGAGCAGUGAACCAAUCCAUUGGACGCGCGAUUCGACACCAAAAUGACUAUGCAGUCAUCGUUCUCAUGGACAAGCGAUAUGGUGUGGCAAGGAUUCGAAAGAAAUUACCUGGCUGGAUCGGGUCUUCGAUCGAGACUUGCGAGCAGUUUGGACCUGUAAUGAGCAAACUAUCGGGAUUUUUCCGGGCGAAGCGUGAGAAUGCCCUCAAGUGAAUAUCUCUGAAUCGCUAGGUGAAUCUAUCCACAAAACUACCGCUUUUCUUUGUGGAUUUAGAAUAGUAAGGUAGUUCUAUAGAG